GGGGCGCAUGGGCCGUGAGCCCGUCGGAGAUUCUGAACCGCAAGCUGCUGACCAUCAUCACCAAGGCGCACGACCUCUUCUCCAAAGACCAGUCCCCCAACGGCAGCAAGGUGGGCGACUACCUGCUGGCGCAGCUGCUGGAUCUGACCAAGUCCAAGUUCGGAUUCGUGGCGAGCGCGCUCAAGAAACCCGAAGGCACCUACUAUCUCAAGACCCACGGCAUCACCAACUUCGCGUGGACGCGCGAGCUGCGCCUGUGGUACGCGGAGAACGCGCCCUCAGGCCUGGUGUUCUCCAACAUGGAAACCCUAUUCGGCCCGCGUGGUCACCACGGCCGACGUCGUCAUCAGCAACGACGUGCCCAACGACCCGCGCGCCGUCGGGGUUCCCCCCGGCCACCAGCGCGUCUCCACCUUCCUCGGGGUGCCGCUCUUCGCGGGCGCGGAGCUGGUGGGCAUGUUUGCGGGUGGCGAACCGCAAGGAGGGGUACGAGGAGACGCUGCUGAUGGAGAUCCAGCCAAUGACCAAGACCGUGGCGCAGAUCGUGGCGCCGCUGCAGGAGCCGGCGCAGGGAGCCGCGAGGAGCAGGAGCGGCUGCGCGCCAUGCUCAAGGGCACGGGGGAUGCGAUCCUGGGCGUGGAUGACAUGGGCGGGAUCAGCUCGCUGAACCGGGCCUGCCAGGCUGCUGUUUGGGUUCACGGAUAUCGAGGGGCUGGGGGAUGGCAGUGGGCGGGCGUUUGGGGGGGCGGAGAUGCUGCCGGAGAAUCUGCACGUGGCGGAUCUGUUCAUCAGCGUGGACGGCCGAGAUGACUUCGCCGACCAAGGGCUGGAGGUGUUUGUGUGCGACGGCCUGAGGAUGCCUGCCAUUGGACGGCGGAUUCUGGGCGGCACACUGCUUCUGGAGAUCAUGCUAUCACGGGGCAGCAACCCUGACGUGGCGUAUGUGAUCACAGCCAGGGAGCUCAAGAACAGUGGCCUGGGCGGCACCCACACCCCGCCCACGCUGGGCUCUGGCAGCAAUAGCCUUGCAAGGACUGGCAGCAAGGGGGGGCCCUCUUUCUUGGAGGGCACUGCAAAUGCCAUGGGGGGUGAUGAGUGAUGGCAAGAUAGUGCAUUUUGCGCACACCGUAGACACUAGGGGAAAGACUGGUCCGACUCCUUCAGGUAAGGGAGUCUCCGAAGAGUGAUUUGUACAACUUAUUAAUUCUAGAACAGCUUCCAUAUGUAUUUCAUGAAAACCAUGCAUAAUAUUUAAUUGGCAU